UUUCACUUCCUGGUCAGUGGGACAUCCCGCGGCUCCAUCCGAGCAGGGCUACAUCAGUCCUCUGUCCUACUUUUAGAUUUUUGCUUCCAUUUUACAGGUCAGGCUGGAAACGGAUGCGUUUUAUUGCAGCGGGCCGCCUGCAGUAAUGUAACGGGCAUCUCCGCUGGGUUGUUAGUGUGAGUGUUGCGGGGAUUGUGUUGUUAUGGAGUGCGGAGUCAGUGGCGAUCAUAUGUGCUGCUGCUGAUCCAGACGUCCACCCACAAACAGCGCGAUCUCCAUCUACUCUCAUACCUUACAGAGAUACAAACCAUGGCCAAACAUCUCAUCUGCUGUUGGAUUUGGGCUCUAGUGGCUCUUUUCUACUUCCAACAAGCACUUUCUUUUAAUCUGGACAGUAGCAAACCCACAGUAUUCGCUGGACCUCCAGGAAGUUACUUUGGAUUUUCUGUGGCUUUCUUCAAUCCUGACAACAAACGAUUAAACAUACUUGUUGGUGCACCCAGAGCAAACACAUCUGAUCAAACCCCGUCAACAGUCACUGAGAGGGGUGCUGUCUUCAGCUGUCCCUGGGACAAAAGUGGCUCAUGCACCCAGAUUGAGUUUGAUAGCACUGAUGACAGGAAGAAUUCCAAAGGGCAGCAAAUGGAGUUUAAGUCAAAUCAAUGGUUUGGGGCCACUGUGCGUUCCACUGGGGACCAUAUUCUGGCAUGUGCUCCUCUCUACCAGUGGAGCACGUAUGGAUUCUCAGAGAGAGAGCCUGUCGGGACAUGUUUCCUGAAGAAAGGCAAUGACAUUGUGGAAUAUUCACCUUGCCGCUCUAACUCAAACUCACCUGAGGGGCAAGGAUUUUGUCAAGCAGGAUUCAGUGCUGACUUUGUGAAGAAGAAUCGGGUUGUUAUUGGAGGACCAGGAAGCUUUUAUUGGCAAGGUCAGCUGAUCUCAGAUGACAUCACUGAGGUCAUCAGCAGAUACAAUAAGGAGUUUUUUACUCCUUACAGUAACCAGUUAUCAACCAAGUCAGCCGGGGCUCAGUAUGAUGACAAUUAUUUGGGUUACUCUGUGGCCAUUGGUGAUUUUAACGAUGAUGGUGAAGAUGAUUAUGUCACAGGAGUUCCUAGAGGGGAGAAAGCUCUUGGUUAUGUCAACAUUUUCAAUGGGAAGAACAUGGAGUCUGUGUAUAAUUUCACAGGCACACAGAUGGCUGCUUACUUUGGUCAUUCUGUAGCAGCUGUUGACAUCAAUAAUGACAGGAAGAUGGAUUUGUUGGUGGGGGCUCCUCUGUUCAUGGACCGCGGCUCAGAUGGGAAGCUGAGGGAGGUGGGUCAGGUCUAUGUCUACCUAGGCAAAGGUGGCUUCACCUUCAACAAUGUCAUCAAACUCACUGGCUCUGAGAUCUAUGCUCGAUAUGGAAGCUCAGUCUGCAGCCUGGGAGACCUCAACAUGGAUGGAUAUAAUGAUGUGGCCAUUGCUGCCCCAUAUGGGGGGCAGUUCCACCGCGGCCUGGUGUACAUCCAUAACGGGCGUCCCACCGGGCUGAAUCCUGCGGCCUCUCAAGUUCUAGAAGGAACAUGGGCGUCUGCUUCUAUGCCUUCUAGCUUUGGUUACGCCAUGAACGGAGGCACAGAUGUCGAUCAGAAUGGAUACCCUGACCUGAUUGUUGGGGUGUUCGGAGCUGACAAAGCCGUUCUGUACAGGGCUCGUCCGGUCAUCAGUGUGAACAGCACACUGGAUAUAAGCCCACAAAUCCUAAACCCUGAAGACAAGAGCUGCACCCUGCCUGGAACAACCACCACAGUAUCCUGCUUCACUGUGAAAUACUGUCUGAAGGCAAAUGGCAAGGGAGCGCCAUCUUCUCUUCAUUUCCAAGUGGAUUUGACCCUGGACCGCCUCAAACACAAGGGAGCCAUUAAACGGGUCCUGUUCCUCCAUAACAAGAUGCCUCAUUAUUCAAAGAACAUGACUGUCUCCAACAGACAGGGACCAGCCUGCGAGGAGCUUCAGGCUUAUUUAAUAGAUGACUCAGAAUUCAGGGAUAAGAUCACACCCAUUUCUGUUUUUAUGGAGUACAGCUUGGAUUACAAAACAGCAGCAGAUAAGACCGGCCUGUUGCCCAUCCUUGACCAGUCUACACCUACAAAUGUCACUAAGCAGGCCCACAUACUCCUUGAUUGUGGUGAAGACAAUAUUUGCAAGCCAGACUUGAAACUGUCUGUUGUGAGUGACCAGAAAGAGAUCUACAUAGGUGAUGAUAACCCCCUGACCCUAGAGGUCACAGCAGAGAAUGCAGGAGAAGGGGCAUAUGAGGCCGACCUUACUGUCACCCUACCAUCUCAGGCAGAUUUCAUUGGAGUCGUGCGUAACAGUGAGACAUUGUCUAGACUGUCCUGUGCCUUCAAGAAAGAGAAUCAGACCAGAGUGGUGGUGUGUGAUCUUGGGAACCCAAUGAAAGGAGGAACUAAGAUAAUAACAGGAUUGCGCUUCAGCGUGCACCAGCUCUCUGAACAGGAUACAGAAGUCAAGUUUGACUUGCAGAUACAGAGCUCAAAUCAGUUCAACAAUACCAGCAAUCUGGUGUCUGUUGUCACACAGCUUGCUGUGCUGGCCAAAGUGAAAUUAAGAGGAGUUGCUUUACACCAGUAUGCAAUGCAUGAAUGCAAGUACAAUGGUUUGUGUGUAUCCACACAGGAUUGUGGGAAUACCGAGUGUCAGGAGAUUAAGUGUUGGGUCGGCCGGCUGGAGAAAGGCCAGAGUGCUAUUCUGUUUAUUUACUCCAGACUCGCCGUGAGCACGUUCCUCAAGGCUGAAAGUCAAAACAAAUCGUACAAUGUUCGAUCCACAGCCUCCUUCAGUGUCAUAGAGAUGCCAUAUAAAAAUCUCUUUUCUGAGCUCCCAACCAGCACGACAUCAGCCUCUCUGAAGGUGAUCUGGAAUUCAGAGAACCCUCAGCCUGUCCCAGGAUGGGUGGUGGCUUUGGCUGUCCUGGCUGGACUUCUUCUCCUGGCUUUGCUCAUCUUUGUCAUGUAUAAGAUGGGCUUCUUUAAACGUGUGCGGCCGCCCCAGGAUGACAGCAUAGAGAAAGAGCAGCUUCAGCCUCAGGAGAACGGAGACAGAAACACAGAAGCCUGAGCUCUUCAUCUUCACUAGCCUAUCACAGUGCCAAGGCAGGAAUGUGCCUGAUUUACACCAAUGCUGAUGAGAAUACAACACUACGUCAUCUUUAUUAGCAGGUCAGCAUUUAAUCAUGCAGACAGCCCUGAUGAGUGAGAUGGCUGUCGUCAUUUGAAUGGUACAUAGCUGAGGUGGUUUGAAUAACCAUGAUGCUCUCUUAAUAAGACUAAAUCCCUGUGCCAGUCCCUUUUCCCUUUGCUCCUGUCCUUCUUUAACUGCACUGAGUCUUAAGACGAGAUUUGAUUUUCAGUUGGGCAUAGAGAAUUAACACAUUUAAAAUCAUAAUACAUUUCAAAUUGUUUACAAGAAACAAAAAUAAAAGUAAUGAAUCUUAAAUAAUAGAAAAUGAGAUCAUGAUUUUUACAGUUUUAUUUUGUGGAAAGAUGUGACGUAGUUUGGCACAUCAUUAGAUUGCUGGUUCUGCUUCUUCUGUGGGAGAAUCUUCUGUUAUAUUAUUUUCACAGCUCAUUUUCUGCUGUUUGGGGCUUUCUGCAGGACUCUGGACUUCCAGUUCUUAUCUGUUUUCUUUGCAGUUGUUUCAGCUGUUGGGAUUUGGACUCUUGAUUUCUUAUUUGGGCGUAAAAGUGUAUUAUUUUGAGAAAAUAUUCUUAAGUCUGUCUACUGUAAACACAUUAAUUUAGAGCAGGGUUGUGUUUGUGCAUUUAGAGCGUUUGGUUGAAUCUGUAUUAUAAAAAGAAAAAAAUAUCUUUGCACAAUAGAGCAAUAAAUACAAUUGUAGCAUUUUUGCAUUUUGAAUAAAACCCCUUAUGGAAAGAGCACCUUUAUUAUAAUGUUUUAAUUCCCCUUUAGUUUUAAUAUUCCUCUUGGUCACAAUCUAAGCAAAGUAUUUUUUUUAGAUGAAAGAUUAUCGGUUUUACCCAAAUACAUGUUGAUUAGAAUAAAAAAAAAAUCUAUUUAGUGUAAUGUAUCCCAAUUAAUAUUAAUUGAUAAGAAUAGAAAAGUUUGAUGGCAUGGAAAAACUGAGGCUGGAAUCCUUAACAAUAUUGGCCUUUUUUUCAAUUGUUUCGUUAUAUUGAAAACAGUUAUUUAACUAAUGAUUUAUGGUUUAAAGGUUGCGGUUCAUAGUUAUUGGUCUUAAUUUUGACUUCAGAUAUACUGAAAUAACAACCCAUAAACACUGAAAAACCUGGAUUUCUUAUGUUGCUGUAUUAUAGUAAUGCUGCUGCCCAUAUGAAUUUACCCAUAUUGGGUUGCCAUAAGUAUGUUGUCUAAAUGAAAAAUUGUAUACAUUUAUAAUUCAAUCAAAAUUAUGCGUUUUCCACAAAUAAAAUGAUCCAGAAUAUAUUCUCUUUUGUUUGUAAAGUUUGUAAAAAUAAAUGUAUUUUUGAGAAUCUACCAUGUUUAAAACAGAUCACUGACUCUUGACUUUUUGACUUUCCUUUUCUUUUUUUCCCCCAAUUUUGUUUGGCAACAUGCUGUUAAUGCUUGUGUAAUUCAAUAAACCGAUAUACUGAUGUA